AUGGGUGCAAUAAUACCGUCUCCAUUUCUCUUCAUUCUUCUUGUCAUUCUUAUUAUUCCUUGGGUUGUUGAGUCGGUCCAUUCUUUGCAUCCCCACAAAAACAAUGCUUCAGAUGAGCAGGCUCUUUUGGCAUUCAGGACUGCAAUCAAAUAUGAUCAAGAAAAUUCAUUCGUGACAUGGGCACCCAACAUCUCAUUCUGCAAGUGGAAAGGCGUUACAUGCUCUGUCCGCAGACAGAGAGUAUCCUCUCUGAGUCUUACUGGCGUGGGUUUGGUAGGUACCAUCUCCCCUUUCCUCGGCAAUCUUUCAUUUCUUAGUAUUCUUGACCUUUCUAAUAAUAACCUUGACGGCCACGUCCCCAAUCAAUUGCAUAGCCUUUCUCGCUUAAGGUAUCUUCAUUUACAUAAAAACCGCCUGGAAGGUUCAAUUCCCCCUACCCUUAGUGCCUGCCACAACUUAAUGGACCUUAAUAUCUGGGAUAACCAUCUGACUGGAAAUAUUCCACCCGACUUUGGGUUUCUCUUCAAUUUAAACUCCAUCCAGCUUAGCCGAAACAACUUGACGGGAAUCAUUCCCAACUCCUUGGGCAACAUAUCCUCUUUGAACUAUUUAGAUUUGAGCGAAAAUAAGCUUGAGGGCCAUAUUCCUCAGGAAAUGGGUAGGCUUUCCCUACUGAAUCUGGUGGAUUUGGGCGGGAACCGCCUUACUGGAGAAAUUCCUUCUUCCUUGUCAAACUGCACUAAUCUAGAGGCAUUGGCUCUAACAGACAAUCACUUAUCUGGAGAGAUACCAGGGGAGUUUUGCUCCAAGAAUACCCUUCUGAAACAAUUAUAUUUAGCUGGUAACAGACUUAGUGGUGAAAUUCCUGCUACACUAUUAAUUGUUCACAAUUCCAAAUACUCAGCUUGGAGAACAACCAGCUGA